AUGCGGAGACUGGCGCGCUGUUCGGCUCUGCUGCUUGGCCUCGCCGCUGCGGCAGGCGCCUCGGGGCCAUGGGGCCUUGAAUUCGACAACGAAGGCACCGGCCCUGACGGCCCAUGGACCUACCUGCUCGCCCCCGUCGACUCCCCGGGCCAGGUCCUGGGCUUCUACCCGUCGCUGCUGGAGACGACCAUGAUGGUCAACGCGAGCGUGUGCCAGUACCAGACGGCCCGAUGCGUCAUUCCCAACAUCGCCGCCUGGUCCGGCUCGUCCUCGCACGACAUCUUCAGCAACGCCACCAGCGACGACUUCGCCCCGUCGAAGCUGGCAGACGUCAAUGGCGGCUACGCCGCCGACCUGAUGUCGCUGCAAGGCAGCAUGCGCUACACCACCCAGCGCCUCACUCUCGGCACCACCGACCUCGACGGCCUCGCAAUGGCCAUCGCCGACAACGUGACUGCCGGUUUCCCGAACGGAGACUGGUACACGGUGGGCAUCGGCUACUACUCCCUGUACGGCGGCGACACCUUCACCUACGACGCGCCCGCGGGCACGCAGACGCUGCCGCUCACCCUCUCGCUCGGCUACGAGCGCGGCGUGUACGCGUCCAUGAGCUACGGGCUGCACAUCGGGUCCGUCAUGCACAACAUCACGGGCAAGCUCUACCUGGGCGGCUACGACCGCGCGCGCUGCAUCUCGGACCCCAUCACCGUCUCGGCCAACGCGACCUUCUCCCUCGCCGACGUCUCGCUGGGCGUCGCCGCCGGCGGCUCCGCCUUCCUCAACAACACCUCGUCCGCCUCGUCCAUCUCCGGCCUCCUCCAAACCAACACCUCCUCUUCCUCCUCGUCACUCCCCCUCUCCGCCCAACCCGACCCGGGCCUCCCCUACCUCUACCUCCCCGCCGCCACCUGCGCCGCCAUCGCCUCCUACCUCCCCGUCACCUACGACGCCGGGCUGAACCUCUACCUCUGGAACACCAGCGCGCCCUCCUACCUGCGCAUCGUCUCCUCCCCCCACCACCUGACGCUGCACUUCCACCAGUCCGGCACGAGCGGGCCCACCACCCCCAUCGCCAUCCCCUUCGCCCUCCUCAACCUCACCCUCUCCUACCCGCUCCUCAGCGACCCGACGCCGUAUUUCCCGUGCCGGCCGCACGACAGCGACAGUUCGUCAUCCACGAGCGGGCCGGACGUCGUCCUCGGCCGCGCCUUCCUGCAGGCCGCGCACCUCGCGCAGAACUGGCACACGGCGUCCGUGUGGCUGGCGCAGGCGCCGGGGCCGGCGUUUGCGGCGGAGGAUCUCAAGACGAUUGCGACGGGCGAUGAUGAGCUGACGGAGCAUCCGACGGCGGGGCGGUGGAACGAUACGUGGAGUGGGGUGUUGGAGCCGCUGGAGGGGGAGGCGAAUGGGGGGAGUACGACGGAUUCGGGGAGUGGGAGUGGGAGUGCGAGUGGAUCGGCGUCGGAGGGGGGGGAGGACGGCGGUGGUGGGGGGUUGUCGGCGGGGGCGAAGGCCGGGGUUGGGGUGGGUGUGGCGGUGGGGGCGGCGGCGUUGAUUGGGCUUGUGGCGGGGGUGGUUUGGAGGCGGAAGCGGAGGGGUGGUGCGGGUGGGGGGUUCGGCGGGGGCGGUGGUGGUGGUGGUGGUGGGCGGAGGCCGAAUAUGAAGGGGGAGCGCGUGGCGAGCGUGGCGGAGCUGCCGUCGGGCGGGGGGCAUGUCAGGUAUGCGCCCGUGGAGCUGGAGGGGGGCGAGGUGCAGGAGAUGCCGGCGGAUGGGAGGUAUGGUGGUGGGGUGAAGGAGAUGCCGGGGAGGUAA